AUGAUUCCAGAUAUCAUACCUUGCCAAAUUGGAAUGAUCAGCCAGGAAAUUAUGGCUAUGCAGUCAGCGUCUGGUGGUGCAUACAACAAGGAGUUUGAAGACGCUGUGAAAAGAAUGACCACUCUUAAUAUUGAGACGAUAAAGAAAAUCAUUGAUGUUCCUAAACAAACACUUGAGAUGUUUUCAUCUGCGUUAAAGCAUGUAAUUCUCGAUAUCAAUGGCGUUAAUGCUAGUAUAACCGUGAAUAAUGUGACACUCUCUCUACACGAUGUUGAAGAUUACGAAAAUGACGUUAAUACGAUACGGCACAUUGAACAUCCCUCUGUUAAAGGAACUGACAGCCUUUUUACUAUUGGUGCCAAAGUGAGUGCGCUGUUUGUUGAUACAACAAAUUUCAUCCAACAACUUUUAUCGUAUAUGCUUUGGAUUGUGGCCUUUGCGAUAACCAUUUGCAUGCUGAUCCAAGCGUGUUACUUCCUUUAUCGGUACUUACGUUACCACGACGACAACAUCUAUUUUACAUCUGAGGAGUUCAAAAAAUUGGACUGGGAAAACAACGAGAGUAAAUUACUCCCGUUAAGGGGACAAGAGCGAACUCAGUUGAUCGAUUCUAAGUCAUGGUGGCAAAGGUGUCCGUCAUGUUCUCAGCUCCUAGUGAUCCUAUGGGAAGUAUUUCACUUAUUCAUUCCGACAUUUUUUGCGAUGGUUGUGCUGUUUUGUGUAUUUGAUGGUUUACUUUACCAAACGAUAGAAGUUCUACAAAGGGAAGCAAAUGUGAGCGUAGUGAUUGGCGGAGGCAGUGGUUUUGAAGUUGUAUUUAACAAUACAAGUCCUGGCAUCAGGCAGUUGUAUCACUUGUUUCCAAGUAACUCGACCAGCUUUAACUACUCGUUUGAAGUCAACACGGAGGGUUGCCUUCCCAUUCCUUUACCUCCAUUCUAUCAGGACUCGACUAAACUUGGAUGCUUAAUCGGUAUGUGUAUCGGGAUUGUGUUCCUGACAUUUCUUAAUCCGUACGCGUAUGGUCGCAAAAUUCAGCACAAGAUCGCAGCAAUGUUUUACCCAAAACGGGAACAAGAACGCAUCUCCUACCUUUACCGUGACUUGUUGAACCAACGAGAGAUGUGUGAUGGAAACGAUAUACCAGUUUUGCAUUGGUUCGCAGCAAGAAUUCCUUUGUUCAAAAGAGUAUUGAAAAUGUUAAAGAAGGAUAUCUAGGCUCUGAUAUUAGACUGGGAGAUAUCAUGGAAUUUGGUCAUGUUAAACAAGACGUGCAACUUCUGUAAGCAUGGCCACUGUGCGAUCCAGUCUGUAUUAUCCCUUGGAACAGACAGUUCUCUCACAAGCUUGACAGUUGACCAGG